AUGCUUUCAUUAGCAGCGAGUGCCACGCCCCUAGGGGUGUGGCAACUGCUGGCAACUGCAACUUCUACAUCUACACCUCAUCUUGGAUUUGGUCAUGUUAAGUCCCAGUCGUCGGAUCAACGGCAAGUGAUGUCAGUUGCACCGGGAUUUCGUGGCACCCAGCACAAAAAAUUUAAUUCUUCUAGUUCACGUCAACUAGCGAGGGGAGCAUUUGCUCGCCUGGUGUCACUUGGGUGCCAAUAUGUAUCAGAUAGCAAAAAUCUCAUUGCCAAACUUCAAAAUUCUAAUGUGUAG